GCCCAAAGGCGGGCCGGGCCGGGCAGGGCAGUCCUGGGCCGAUCGCUGGGCAGGGCUGGGGCUGGGGCUGGAUCUGGAUCAUGGCGCCGCUGCGGGACUGCCAGGCCUGGCAGGAUGCUGGACUUGCUCUAUCCACGACUAGUAAUGAGGCCUGCAAGAUGUUUGAUGCCAUACUGACUCAGUAUGCAACAUGGGCCAGUGAUCAGAGCCUAGGAGGCAUUGAGGGAUGUCUCUCCAAGUUAAAUGCAGCAGAUCCAAAUUUUACAAUGGGACACGUGAUUGCUAACGGCUUGGAUCUGGUUGGCACUGGAACUUCAGUGCGGUUAGAUAAAGAGCUGGACAGUGCAGUAAAGAAGAUGGUGGCUCUCUCAAAAUCACAGUCAUUGACUGAAAGGGAGAAACUACAUGUGUCUGCAGUAGAUUUUUUUGCACGUGGGCAACUUCCCAAAGCUUGUGCAGUAUGGGAGCAGAUUCUACAGGACCACCCAACUGACAUGCUAGCGCUCAAAUUUUCCCAUGACACUUAUUUUUACCUGGGCCAUAGUAUUCAAAUGCGAGACUCUGUUGCCCGUGUUUAUCCUCACUGGUUACCUAAUAUUCCUCUGAGCAGCUACGUGAAGGGGAUGUUCUCUUUUGGACUGAUGGAAACUAACUUGUUUGAUCAGGCUGAAAAGCUUGCCAAUGAGGCUUUAGCUAUCAAUCAGAUGGAUGCAUGGUCUGUCCAUACCAUAGCACACAUAAAUGAAAUGAAAGCAAACUUGAGUAAUGGGCUGACAUUUAUGAAGCAAACUGAAACCAACUGGAAGGACUCUGAUAUGCUUGCUUGCCAUAAUUACUGGCACUGGGCUCUGUAUUUUAUUGAAAAGGGUGACUAUGAGGCUGCUUUGAUGAUUUAUGAUAAUCAUAUUGGUCCCAGGUGUGCAGCAAGUGGAACUAUGCUAGAUGUGGUUGAUAACUGCUCUAUGCUGUACCGGCUUCAGCUAGAAGGGGUAAAGCUGGGAGACAGGUGGAAUGAAGUUCUCCAGUUAACAAAGCAGCACACGAAAGAUCACAUUCUGAUUUUCAAUGAUGUCCAUAUUUUGAUGUCUUCCCUGGGAGCCAAAGACCACAAAACCACCAGUGAGCUCUUAACAACUCUUCAGGAACUGGCCAAGGAACCUGGGGAAGAUCAUGAGCUUGGCCUGGCUUCACAGCUGGGAUUGCCACUUUGCCAAGCCUUUGUAGAGUUUGACAAUGGAAAUUAUGACAAGGCAGUAGAACUACUUUAUCCAAUUCGCUACCAGAUCCUGCAGAUAGGCGGCAGCAAUGCUCAAAGAGAUAUCUUCAACCAGUUGUUGAUCCAUGCUGCGAUUAACUGUAAAUCUAAAACUUACCAGAGACUGGCAAGGUGCCUCUUGAUGGAACGUGAUGCACUGAGACCAAAUUCACCGUUGACUGAGCGGCUUAUUUGGAAGGCAUCAGCUGUUCAUGCAGUGGCUUGAAUCUCUCUCAUUCAGAUGAAAUCAUGAUUAGCACUGUUAAUUAGUGGAUUCCCAUGGAAUUAAAGGAAUCAAAAUGGGGGGAAUUACUAGUAGCCUUAUAAGCCAUAUCAGAUCUCCUGCUUGCCUGAACUUUGGAAUGCUCUUGUAGGUGAUUCAGCAUUGAUGCUUAACUUCCUGGAGCAUCUCCAGUCCUAACAAGAAAUUGGCUUAGUUGUGCCUGGGAAAAGGCAGCAGUAGCAGGAAAAGUAGAGGUCUAUCAAUCCUUUGUUUAAAACCUGCUGAGCCAUCACUUUCUAGAAAUAUGGGUGGUUUCUAUACCUUUUGGGUUGUGAGAUAACAGUCCUCUAGACCAGCUGUCAAAUUAUUUCUUGGCUUUGCUAUUCUAGUCCAUAAAUAGGAAAGGGUGAACAUUCAAACUGCUUUUCAAGAAAAUAAAACAUUAAAUGGGAUCUAUUAGAGAAGUCUGGGUGGUGCCAGAGGUAUAGGAAGCAUACAAGACAGCAUUGGCCCACUGUUACAUCUCAGCACAAAGUUAUGGGCCAAACCUUGCGCUUUUUCCCCAUUGCCACAAGACAAGAGGUCCUGGCCUCACAGAACUGCUGAAGUGGGAACAGAAGUUGGGAGCUAUAUAUCUCCCUCAAGUUCUGCCCCAUGCGCAGAGUGGUGAGGAAACAGAUAUGAGAUUUGAAGCAGUGAAUGAUCGUACUGGUAGAUCCACUGAUGGCCAAAGGUUCCCUCAAGUCCCUGGCUUGCAGUAAGGGCCUGCAUCAGAACAUGCACAGCACUUCGCACACAGUCUUUUGUUCUUGGCCUGCAUGCUGAUUCCAGAAGUUGUCUUUCAGUUCUUCAAAGACACUUUGCAUUGCUGUCUAUCUAAGAUUAUGUCUGUAUGAUAUUCUUUGCCAUGGUUCCUCUAAAGAUUUUACUGCUUGUUUCUGUUAUUGCAUCUUUAAUGGAAAUUUAAAAAUCAAGGUGAUUUUUAUACUUAUAAUGCUGCACACUUUUAUAACAAAUCUAAUAAGGAGUAAUGAUAGUGGGGAACAAUAGUUGAAGUCUGCUGGCAAUCUAUUAAGUGUUCAUGUGAUCUUUAUUGCAGUUGCAUUUUGGUACAUUACCGACAAUUGUAGGUAAAAUUCAUUCUUACAUUUUUGUAUUGCCCUUUUAUUUAUAUAAUUCUGUGGCAGGGAAACGACUACCUACAUGUAUGGAACUGUGAAGUUUUUGCAUAAAUGUUUGGAUCCAAUUCAACAUAAGGCUUCUUACCCUAGAGCAGAGGUCAGCCACCCCUGGUACAUGUGCCAGAGCAUGGCACGUAAAGACAUUUUGCUUGGCAUGCCAGCCCUUGGGUAACAUAACAGGGGAGCUUCAAGGGGCCUCAUCCUUCUGGCAGUACAGCCCCGGCCCCUCCCCACUGUCCACUGAGGCACACAUGUACCUGCUGCCAGCAAUGAGCUGGUCUGGGGCUCUGCCAACCCCACUGCAGCUACUUGCAGCCUUCUGUCUGCCUGCGACAGCUGGCCCGGGCUCUGGGAAGGCCCCUGCCACCCGCCAUAGAGUAUGAGCUGCUCACUGCAGGUGGUGGGGAGGCUGCAAGCAGCUGCAACAGUGUCCAUGGAGCCCCAGCUCGGCUCACCGCUGGCAGCGAGUACACGUGAGCCUUGGGGCGGGGAAGGGGCCAGGGCUGUCCUGCCACAAGAAGGAUCAGGCCCCUUGCAGUUCCCCUGCCAUCUGCCUCAAGACACAUGUGCACCCUCUGCUGGCAACAAGCCAGGCUGGGGCUCCGUGGACCCCAGUGCACCUGCUUGCAGCCUCCCUGCCACCUGGUGUGAGCAGCCUGAGCACCCGCCCUCAUGAUGCCUGCAGUCUGCCACCUGCCCAGCCAUACAGCAGUGUCUCAGGGCCAGAGCUGCACUGCCACUGACUGGCUGAGCAAAGAGUAGAGUUUCCAUGUUCUCCAUGUCCCAGGAGCUAAUGGACCCAGAGCCCACACCUGACAGUAGGCAGUGGGGAGGGGUAGAGUUUUGGCAGAGGCAGGGGGCAGGCAGCUGCUGUGGCUCUUGACUCUAGCCCUGACCCAGGCUCAGGGCCAGAAUCAGAGCCGCAGCAGCUGCUCUCCCCCCACCCUGUACUCGAAUCCAAAAAGAGCUUUCACCCCACGCUGAAUUGGGGAAAAGCCUCAUCUUGAAUAUGAGUAAAUAUGGUAAGUAGUAUGAACACCAAUAAUCAGUUGUUUGGUCCUUUGAAAAUCCCACCCUUCGUGAGCCCUUAUUUUCUUUAUAAAUAAGUACGUGUUUUACUCAUGUGACUGGGUAUUACGGCCUAACUUAUGAGGGACUCCUGAACAGCAUCCCCUAUCUAAGUAAAGAAGCAAAAUAAAACCUAAAAUAACAAGGCCACAGGCAAACCUCUUGAAAUAAAGAAAAAAGUAGAACGAGCAGCCUGUAGAGACCACACCAGGAAUACUGUGUUCUAUUCCUAGCCUCUCAGGUGGGUAUAAAUAAACCAGUAUUUGGUGAAGAAGCUAUCCAGAUGCAAGGGCAGAAUUUGGUCUUUAAUUAUCUGGUGUUUUUUAAAUAUGCAUAUGGACAUAGAACUUGAACCUGAGGAACAGCAAUACUAAUUCACUAAUAAUUUGUGAGACUCCAACAAAAAAAAAGAGGACCCUAAGCCCUCUGACUGAGUGCAGGGUGAAAGCUCCAGUGAAGCAAACUGCAGAGUUGUGAGCCUACUAAUAGGGUGCAGGUUGCAAGGGCAGAUCAGGAGGAAAGCAGUAAGCAUGCCAAUUAGGCAGGGGAAAACCUUGGGGCCCAUCAGGAAAGGAGCAGUAAAAGCAGUAAGCCUGCUGAGUAGAGAAGGAAUCCUUAUGCCUCAUUAGGGAAGUGCGGGGGGGAGGGGUGAUGACUGGAAAGGAUAGAGCCAGGCAGGGAAUUUUAACAGAACUAGGCUGAGGUGGAGGUCUGACCCAGGCCAAGGUACUCUGCAUGGACUGCAAGGGAGAGUCCUACAGGUGGGUAAAUUCUGGUUAUUUUACUGAUGGCUUCUGUUAUGGGAAGUGUUUGUUCAUUUGUAAAAUGAGGCAUGGGGUAGCUGUAGCAGGUGGGGAGGCUGCUGAGAACCCUCUUAAAGGGGCAACACUGUGGAGGCUGCCCAGGACAAAACACUCUGCAGGCUUUGCUGCUGCAGGCCCAAGUUCUCCAUGUGGGCUUCUGAACGGCUGAAGGGAUUCUGUGUGGGCUGCUGCAGACCAUCCCUCCGAUCACCUGAGGGCUACCUCCCAGCUUUAUCACUGAUAACUUUAAGGUGACUUGGUGAGCAAGGUGGGAGAGGCUGUUGGGGUGCUGGACAAGGGAGCAGGCUGCCAGGGACAGAAGCCCAUCCCAGGGCACCCCAGGCCUGCUGUUUUAUAAAUGACACCUAAAGGAAUGUGAUUUGUAUUUCAGCAUUGCUGAGCAAUUGCAGCUCUCCCAUUGAUGCCAAUGGGAAAAUCACUUAUAAAUUAAGCCACACAUUUUUUUUAAGAAGUGCUUAACAUACCUUGAAGUUUUGAAUGCUUGCCUUUGUCCUAAUGAUAGCUGUAAUCCUGGUCCUGACUUUGGAGGUUGAGGACUGGUGAAUUCCCUCAUGUGUUAUGCUUAGUCCUCCUCUCUUGUAAAACCCACCUACUGUAGCCCCUUGUUUCCAACUGCCUGGUAGGUGGGAGAUCAGAUGCUUCCUCACACUGCAUUAAGGACUAGGUUCCCCACACAAUAGGAUGUUAAAUUUAAGGUUCCUGUGUUCUGCUUUGUCAGACGUACACAUGGUACUUUAUUUUAUCCAGACAUAGUAGGUAUUCUUCCUUCCUCCUCCUUCAUAACCAUCACAAUGAGCCUAGUAGGAGCAGCCCUGCCUGCCAGGGGUGCUGCAACUCAGCUCAAUGUGCUGCAGUCCAGGCACAUAUGUAAACCGGGUGCCUUGGAGCUUCCCAGGAGCAAUAAACUAUGGAACAAUAAGCUCUACAGUUUAGUGCUGCCCCCUAAUGGCACAUGUAGAUGUGCCCAUUGAGAGUACACAGAUGGCAAGUGACUAUGGAGCAGCUGUUGUGCUGUAAAUUCACAGUAUAGGCUUACUAUGCAAUGGCUUCUUUACCAGUGUGGUUAAGUCUUUAAGCCCCUGAAUUGAACAUUUUUUGAAGUAGUAUUUUUGGUCAAAAUGAGUAUCAGGCAUAACUUGUACUUUAUAAAUCUGUACCAUUUACAAAAUGCACUAUGUUGAUUACAAUAAUAAUGUCUUCUACAUGUU